AUGAGGUUGGAGUGGUCUUCGGCUUGGCUAGUGAAAGAAGAAGAAGAGUAUCAUAUUUAUGAUAAACCAGAAGAUGAGACAGUGAUGGUUUGCACAAGUCUUGAUGGUCUUGUCUGCUUCCAUGGCGGUACGGAGUUGAAAGAGCCAAUUAGAGUGAUAAAUCCAGCCACGAGAUGGUCUCAGACGCUUCCUCUUGCCAAGAUUCAGCUGGAGCAUUUACACAUCAAGGUUUUCGAUUUCGGUGUCAAGCAAUGGAGGCUGGUGAUUCCACCUGAUCAUCCGACAGACCACAAGGUGUCACCAACAUUUUCAAACGGAUGGCUUUAUCGGUUCAGCCAAGAGCAUACUAAGUUGGUUGCUUUUGAUCUUCACAUGGAGAUGUUUCAAGUCGUUCCAAACCCGAUCAUUGAUCCAUCAUCUUCAUCAUCAUCAUCAUCGUCUAUUAAUAUGGAGAUGGACAGCAUUGAUGAUGAACGUGGUCUUGUAUGGAUUUCUGUGACAAAUGGAGAUGGCAUGCAACACGUUUGGAGGAUCAGUAACCACAAUACAGGAGGAGGAUUGUUAAAGAUGUACAAGAUGUUCUCCUUUGAAUUGAACAAGAUUACGUCGACUUGGUUUGAAGAAACUCUUCUUGAUUCGACGCUCCUCAUGAUUGUUGCAAUUUCCAAGAAUGAUGACAAGGUGAUGCUCUCAAAAUCUCGCUCCCAAACCCUCAUCCUUUAUCAACCCCUAAACCCUAAUUCUACUCUCUAG